UUUCCAGCGGAGCUCACGCUGCGCGCCCGGACCCCCUCUGCACCGCGCCGGACUUUUUUUAUUCCCUCCCAGCUGCUUUUUCCGCCUCCCUCCUGUCCGCACGAGAUGUGGAUGGUGGCCGUGCGUCGGCAGCAUCUACUCGACUCGCGGUUGAAAUAAGAGAAACAUUUCCCCCCUGCUCUUCUUGAACUGUCAUUUUCUGACUGUUGGCUGCCCGCUCCGGGGCCAAGACGCGCACGCAGCGAGCGCAGGUACAGCCCCGCACACCCCCGCUUCCACCUCCACCUCCACCUGCACGAGGACUGACCACAGGAGGAUUUUCUAUUGUUAUUGAUUUCAACUUGGAGAGAAAGCGAGAGUGAUCGAUCUGUUGGAAUUGGUUUGUUCAAUGACUUGCAAGGUUGGAUCUGAACUUAUAUCCGGAGAGCUGUAAGAUUUUUUUCUUUUUUUCUUUAUUAUUUUUUUAAAGGCACUUUUGGGUGCUACUGGAGGUUGAUCCACCAUGCAGCUGGACGGUCUGUGGACAAUCCACACCCUCCUGGCACUGUCCAGCUUGGCUUUUGGGAACCAAAUGAGCAAUGACCCUCUGGCUGCUCCUCGUGUCUUCAUCUCCUUCAAAGAACUGAGAUCUACCGGUACCGCUCAUCACUUUGCCUACCUCCUCAACACAUCUGACUACCGGAUCCUCCGCAUGGAUGAGGACCACGAUCGCAUGUACGUCGGCAGCAAGGAUCACAUCCUGUCCCUGGACCUCCACGACAUCAACAAGGACCCACACAUCAUCCACUGGCCAGUGUCCGAGCGGAGACGGAUGGAGUGCCUUGUGAGUGGGAAAGACGCCAAUGAAGAGUGUGCAAACUUCAUCCGUCUGAUUGAACCGUGGAACCGGACCCAGCUGUAUGUCUGCGGGACGGGAGCAUACAAUCCAGUCUGUACCUUUGUCAACCGUGGCCGCAAACCUCAGACGUCCAUGUAUCUGCAGAUGGCCCAGGCCAGAGGAAGGGCUAGCCGCGCCGCUGAACCCAGCGCGGUGCACGAGACACUCGGACUGAAGGAAGAAAUCUUCCAUUUGGAGCCGGGCAAAGUGGAGUCUGGAAAGGGAAAGUGCUCCUACGAUCCGAAGCUCAACAGCGUGUCAGCUCUGAUCAAUGGUGAACUGUACGCCGGGGUCUAUGUUGACUUUAUGGGAACAGAUUCUGCCAUUUUCCGGACACUUGGGACAAAGACUGCCAUGCGGACAGAUCAGUACAACUCCAGAUGGUUGAAUGAUCCCACUUUCGUCCAUGUUCACCUCAUUCCAGACAGCGCGGAGAGAAAUGACGACAAGCUCUACUUCUUCUUUCGGGAGAAGUCCUCUGAGAUGGGUCAGAGCCCCGUGACUCAGUCCCGCAUCGGACGCAUCUGCCUGAACGAUGAUGGAGGUCACUGCUGUCUGGUCAACAAGUGGAGCACCUUCCUGAAGGCCAGACUCAUCUGCUCGGUUCCCGGGGCCGACGGCAUGGAGACGCACUUUGACGAACUCCGAGAUGUUUACAUACAGCCAACACAGGAUAUAAAAAAUCCUGUGAUAUAUGGAGUCUUCUCUGUUUCGGGCUCUGUGUUCAAAGGCUCAGCGGUUUGCGUAUACUCCAUGGCCGACAUCCGCAUGGUCUUCAAUGGACCCUUCGCUCACAAGGAGGGUCCCAAUUACCAGUGGGUGGCCUACACUGGAAAGAUCCCCUACCCUCGGCCCGGCACGUGCCCCGGAGGCACAUUCACUCCCAACAUGAAGUCCACAAAAGACUACCCAGAUGAAGUGAUUAACUUCAUGAGGAAUCACCCUGCCAUGCACAACGCUGUGUACCCAGUGCACAAGCGCCCCCUGGUGGUUCGUACCAACGUGGACUACGAGUUCACCACCAUCACUGUGGACCAGGUGACGGCUGCUGAUGGAAACUAUGAAGUGCUCUUCUUAGGAACCGACAAGGGGACAGUUCAGAAAGUCAUUGUGCUGCCUCGAGACGACCUCCAGACUGAAGAGCUGGUGUUAGAGGAGGUCGAGGUUUUCAAGGUCCCUACUCCCAUAACAACAAUGAAGAUCUCCUCCAAAAGGCAACAGCUUUACGUGUCCUCUGUGGUCGGCCUGACCCAGCUGGCCCUCCACCGCUGUGACGUGUACGGCGAGGCCUGUGCCGACUGCUGCCUGGCCAGAGAUCCCUACUGCGCCUGGGACGGGAAGUCCUGCUCACGUUACUCGGCUUCGCAGAAGAGGUCUGACCCCUUUAGACGUAGCCGGAGGCAGGACGUCAAGUACGGCAACCCCAUCCGCCAGUGCAGAGGCUUCAACUCUAAUGCCAAUAAGAACACCCUGGAGAUGGUGCAGUAUGGGGUGGAGGGCAGCAGUACCUUCCUGGAGUGUCAGGCCCGCUCGCCACACGCUGUGAUCAAAUGGCAUCUGCAGAGAGACAACAGCGACCGCAGGAAAGAGAUGCGCUCCGAUGGCCGGAUUCUGAAGACGGAGCAGGGCCUCCUGCUGAGGUCCCUGCAGCCCUCCGACUCCGGCAUGUACCAGUGCACGGCCACAGAGAAGAACUUCAAGCACACGCUGGUCAAGCUGCAGCUGGUGGUGCUGUCGGGCCGGGCCGUCAACAACGCGCUGGUGGAGGGCGCGGCGGGGCUGGUGCCGUCCUCCCUCCACUCCAGCAGCACCCAGUGGACCCCCAGCGCGGGCCAGUACAAGGACCUGCUGACCAUCCUGAGCCAGCCGGAGAUGAGCCUGAUCAAUCAGUACUGCCAGGACUACUGGCAGUACGGAGACCCGCUCCUGGGCGCCCUUAAGACCAAAGACCUGAAGGAGCUCAAGGAGCAGAAGAAGCCCCGCAACCGCCGGCAUCACGGAGGCGGAGAGGCGGAGGAGGAGGAGGAGGAGGAGGAGCAGGAGCAGGAGGGAGUAGAGACAUGAGGAGUGCUGCGGUUUCUGUCUGAAAUGCGCUCAACACAACCCGCCCCUGCCCUCCCUUCCCCCCAACUCCUGUGAAAACUGGGAGAGACUCGAUGAGAGUAGCAACAUGAAAAAAUAUCCACAACCCGGAUUUGAAAAAAAAAAAAAAAAAAAUUACAAACUGGGAAAAAAAAGAGGCUUCCAAACAAAAUCCCACAUCCACUACAUCCAGUCGAACCAUAAGAUAUAUGAUACACAGUAUUUAUUGUAGGUUGUAUAUAGUACCAUUCUGUGGAUUUCUUUGUACUUAUAGAAAAAAACAGACAUGCUCUUUGUGUAUAGGUACCUUUGGGGCGAAUAUUGUUAUUAUUGAUGUUGUUAAUUUUAUUGUUGCUGUUACUGUCACUACAAAACUCAUCUGAACAACACGAUGACCCUGGCGACUGUUUGGAUGUGUUAUCAGGCAUGUAAGCUGUUCAGAGCGAGCUAAGAAGCUCUCUGAGGGGGAAAGGAGCUGUUAAUAAGAGGUGAUGGGAUCUCUGAAACUUUAUUUUGUUAUGUUUUUUUUUUUUUUUCAAUGUUUUGGUUUUUGACUUAACGCCCAGGCUCUGAUUUCUGGACACUCCAGGACGGCUUCAGAUGCGAGCUCAUCGUGGCUUCAUGCAAAGACUUUGUAUUGCAAGGGGACCAUAGACACACGGUCCUGACUGGGACUCAGAAGAAGACUGUUCCAAGAUCCCACUGCUGCAAUUAGGCCUUUUUAGGGGGGCAAAAUGAUGCUCGUCUUUUGUUUCUCUCACUCGGAUUCCUUUUUGAAGGACUGACAGCAAAACGAUAGCUGUGGCACCAGCUAAAGCAAAAUUCUCCGUCACCCCCUCCUCCAAGUAACCUGCAGCUUUGCUCCAACUGCGGGUAAAGGAAAACGAAAUAAACAAAGCACAGAUUGGAUUACUUAGUAUAAAAAUGAUCAGGAAAUAAUGCUGUGGUAUAGUGGGAGUCAAGGUUUUGCACAAAAGGGCAUUAUUGUUUUACAUUCAAGGGACACUGGCUGGGGCCGAAUGCAACAAAACACUCCGGCUGGGGAGAGCUGACCUAAGAAAACACAAACGCAGUUCAGUUUAUGAUAAAAAGCAUUGCCCGGAUCGGGCAGCAGUUGUUCAGCAGUUCUGGGCACACAAGACAUCUUUUCCUAUUUCCUCUUUGACAUUCGUAUGUGGAAAAAAAAACAAAAAGUUAAAAAAAAAAAAAACAAAGCCCAUAUACACAACUGAGCGUUGUAAUAAUGUUGU